AUGGCAGGUCUCAUAUCGGACAACAUCUCUAUUGCUUCAGCGCGCCAAUACGGCUUUUCAAAGGAGCGCGACACGUGCGUUUUUUGUGGGAAGAAGUCAAGGCCGCCGCCCACGGACCCGCUUGCUCCCGUCUUUGUCUUUUUCUCUCUUGUCGACUGCCGCCACUACGUGUGCCAGCCGUGCGCCCUCGUCAACUGUGACAACGCCGGUCGCUACAUUCACUGUCCAACGUGUCACUCCGUUUCACGCCUGGCACAGACGGGAAAGAAACGCACUGGCCACGACGAGUCGCGUGUGAGCAUUGACGAUGGCGUUUCCUCCGUCGCCUCCCAUGCCUCACGCCGCUCCAUGCGGACUUUGGCGGAUGACAGACCGGCAAGAAGCGCCUUCGCUAGGGCGGAUCGCAACAAGAAGCGUUCUUCCUCCGUCCAAUUUAUGGCGAACCCAACGGCGUCUGUCGUGCCGCCAUUGGGGGAUGCUGCAGAGCACAGCCAGGGCGAUGUGCCGGCGACUUCGCCGCUGACGCGCGACGCUGUUGAAAACCUGCCACGGGAUCCCAGCUACAUGCGCCACGAGCGUAGGAGGGAGGCGACGGUAAAAGCGAAGCCCAAGGAAGAUGUAGUGGUAAACCUCUACACCAUCAAAAGCUCUGCCGCACCACGGCGUCGGUCCUCCAGCACUCGUGCAAGCAGCGUGCCGUUGCCGCCUACUGAGCACCGUUAUAUUCCACCACCGAUACCUUUUGCGCCGCCGCCGCCACUGCGUAUUCGCACUGUCGAAGAGGAGGAAAAAGAAGAGACAUUGGACAAAAAUAAAGAUAUGGAGGUGCAGCAAGGCGUGAACCUGCCGCUUAGCAGCAUCGCUGAUGAGAUUAGGGAAAGCCUUCUUGCCUCGCUAGCAAAAGAGGCCCAAGAACGCUCCACAAUUGCGACGGCGGAGGAGUACCGCCGCAAUGCCAUGAGUAAACAGCGUGAGAUUCGAGAAAGGGAUAUAUUUGCGGCACGUGGAAGUCUCAGUAAUGAGUUUGACGUUCGUCUCAGUCCUCGUACGCCUCUUGACGCCUCUGACGGUCAAGUGAGCGCGACUUCUGACGAUGAGACACCUGCAGGCCCGCGCGGGAAACACCCUCGUGGGGUCCUGCACUACGACAAAGAAGAAACACCGACGCUUUCGGGGGCUUUAUUGGAGCCUCCAGCUCAUUCUCAGGGCAUGGCGACGACUGGAAUGGACCCACAGAAACUUGAGACCACGGAAGGCGCUGACGCGCGUGAAGGCAUAGAAACAGAAGAAAAACUUGUGGAGCUGCAAGAGCUUGCGAGGCGUGAGAUGGAGCAUCAAAUAGAGCCUCUGCACGUUGAAAUGCUGUCCUCAACGCAGGUGGUGGUGGCGCUGGAUGAGAUUGAGGUAAAAGAACGAGAAAUAAUAGAAGGCGUAGAAGCUGUGGAGCGCCGCCUCUUGCACACCGCCCGAUUUCAGGAUCAGGUGGAGCGAAGUGCGUUUGAGGUUCAGAGAUUGUCUGCCGAUCGUAAGGCGCAGGUGGCAAUGGAGUACCUUGCGUAUAUUUUUAAAGAGUUUGAAGAGCUAGCGGCGAGUGAGAUGGAACAUCGGGCUUUCAUUGAAGAGCUGCAGAGCUCAAGUUGGUUCCCGUUGGAACGUGACUUCCAUGCCUCUUUGAAGGGGAUGUUCGAGGUGGAGAUUCUCCGUUUGACCGAGCAGCGCCAAGUGGAACACACGCGGGCAUCCAUCACGCUGACAACAAAAGAGACAACAGCUCGUAUGCGGCUGGGUGAAGCUGCACUGAAUGAGCUCACACGCCUUCACAUGACAGCUAUGGAGACCCUUGUGGACUGCCGUCGUCAGCUUCAAUUGAAGGAAAUGCGGCGUGGGGCCUCCCGCAUUGUGGCAGAGCAGCAAUUGUAUAUGCAGCUGUUGUACGCUCUUGCGGCGGAGGAGGAUGCCAAACGGUGGAAGGUUCUUGAAGAGGAACAACGUGAUCGUCACGCGGAAUGGACCACCUUCAUUACGACGAUGCCCACCCUCAGGACCGCAACAGCGUUUCCAAGUACUGAUGCGUCUAGAACCGCGCUCCGAGAGUCAAGAUCCUCGUAUGCCCCUGAAUUGCCUCACACCGUAACGACGAUGGCGCCAACCUCGGUGGCAUCUCAGUACGUUGCAGCAUUGGUUGAAGAGGCGGAAUUAGAGGCUUUGCAAUUGCAGCAGAUGGAGCGACACGAGCGCCAUGGGUUGAUAAAUGCGUUUUGUGCUCUGUCGCAACGUCUUAAGGCCUAUGAGGCGUCGAUGGAAAUAACAUACCUGGACACACCUCUCUCACAGCGUGCCAUCGUGAAUGGUCAGCGACGUCUGGAGCUUCGAGAGGAGGAGAAACGGAUAGAGUUGCAGCAACGAGCAUGGGCUUCAUUUCGUUCCAUCGUUAACAAGGCAACGGAGGAGCAGGAGCAAAUUGCCACAAUGGAAAGAAUGCUGCGAGCCAUCGCAGAACGGUCGCGGAUUGUGCUACAUCGCUGCUUUGGCGAGGCUGAAUUGGCGCUGAUGGAUGAGGAGAAGCAUGAACGGCGGAACAUAGAGGUUGAGGAGCGUCGGGCGCGUGUGAACCACGCCCGUGACGCGGUGCGACGCGAAGAGUUCCUCCUUGCUGAGGAACGACUGCUGCACGAUGCCUCUGGAAUGCAGUUUUUGAAUGCAAUGGAUAUUGCAGUACGACAAUUCUCCACAGAGGCUGCGCGCAUCGCACAGGAGGAGCAUUUAGAGCGUCUUGCUCUUGUGCAGGUGGAACGCUUUGAGUUCCUGUCGCUUACACCGACACUCGAGUCGCGGAUAAGCCUCGAUGAACAUGAGAUGCAUCAACAACUCUCUGACUUUCACUCCACAAUAGAAACAACAACGGCGGCCAGUGCCUGGCGUGCCCGUUGCUUUCUCGUGGAGACGGAGGAGCUUCGCACUCGUGAUGGCAUUUACAAUGAUGAAGCUGGCGAAUGGUCAUGGUGGGUCGCGGACGAGCGCCGCCAACGGAUAGAGUUGACGUCGCUUGAGGCUGAACGGCUCAUGCAGGCGAGAGAGGCGGAACGGUUAAGUGCAAAAAUGAAAGAAUGUGAAGGCAAAGAAGAGCAACGACGUAUUGGGAUUAAAAGGGGAGAGACGCGUGCAUGGGCAGUUGUCGGAGAGGAUGAGAUACGACAUGCCGCGAAUGCGCACAAGAAGGAGGAACAACGGCUCAUAGAGGAAGCACGGCGUGAGCGUCACGCCAAUCAAUCACAACGUCGUAGACGCGCACUAGAGGAUUUGUUACAGGAUGAAGGUGAUGAUCGGCAUUAUAUUUUUGAGGACGAGCGAGAUGCACGUAGGCGGCUGCGGCGUCAGUUUUUUCAGCACUCGUGCAAUAUUCUCGAUAAGAAGAGAACGAUUAGCGAUGAAUCAGAGGAGCCUAGUAGGAGUGAAAUAACACCGGCAGCUCAGGCCACUGGAAAUAGCCCCUUAAGUGACCCCUCAGCCACCAUGUUUGAUGAGGGGCGGAUCUGGCAAAAACGACGAAGGGAUCUUGCUAGGCAAGAGGAGUUAAUUGAGGCGCAGGUGCGUCUACGCGAGGCGCAGCUCCGUAUUGAGGAAGAAGCCGAGCGUCGUGCCCGAUCAGAGGAAGAAAAGCGUUUGGCGCUGGCAGAGUCUGAGCGGCUGCUGCGUGAAGCAGAGGGGAGGGCGGAGGAACGCAUCCGCAGGGCACGCGAGGAGGCGGAGCGGUACGCCGAACAAGAAAUGAGACGGGUACGUGAUGUGAGUGAGCGACAGGCAGCACACGCGGCAGCACUGCGCGCGAUUAAGGAGGAAGAAAAAAUUGCACUGGUUGAGGCGCAACUGCGGGCGGCCGAAAGAGCAUUGAAGGAAGCUGAGAGACGUGCAGAGGAGGAUGUCCGCCGUGUUAAGGCGGAGGCUGAAGCAUUUGCGGCGGCUGAGGCGCAGCGCGUCGCAUUGGAGUCGAGGCGGUUGCUGCAAGAACAUCAAGAAGAACGGGAGCAACAAUUGCGGCAGAAGGACGUUGAGGUUCAGCAGCGGCUGCGGUGCAUUGAGCAAGAGGCGCAGGAAGCCAUUUUGGCGGCAAAGGCUGAAACAAUUCGUGCGACAGAAGAGGCACAGCGUCGGUUGGAGGAAUUGGAGGCACGCCACCUGGAGCGGGCGGCGGCUGUGGAUGCUGCGAAGGAGAGUGUACGUGUGGCUCAGCAGCGCAUGCAGGAGUUGGAGGAAUCGCAGCAGUUAACGUCGCCGCGGCCAUCCAUGGCGGUGGCUGUGGAACAAACAAAUGUACCGCAGAAGUGGCCCCGGCUUCGGCGUCGGCGCUGCAAGGAUCUCAAGGGCAACUGA